UCUCUUACCACCGCUAUCACCCUCUCCAACUCAUCUACAUACAUCUUUAAAUCAACAGGUUCCAAGGAGCCUAACACUUUAAAUGAAGUAGCUCUCUCUAGAAAACCCCUUGAGACACAAGUUUGGAAGGUGCGGGCAACUUAAGAGGGAUGCUUUCUUUGACAAACAAGAGAGUGAGCCAUGGACACUCCCAAGACAGCUCUUUCCUCCCAGACUUCCCCACAGCGCUGAGGCAGACAAGCGCUUCCCCUUGAUUCUGCCCAGGACAGUCAGCGUGUGGGGCGGGGCAGGGACGACGCGCCAGGAACAGGGCGGGUUCCAAGCCGCUGGUUUCCCUGAGAUGCCACGGUGGGGGCUUGGGGACUGCAAGGCGACGCUAUAGCGCCAGCGGCCGCCGCCACCGCGUGCCCGCCCCUCAGACAGGUGCUCAAAGCAAAUCAGAGAGCGAAAGAAACAGGCGAGGGAAUUAGAAGGAGUCCUCAAAUCAGAGAGCGAAAGAAACAGGCGAGGGAGUUAGAAGUUCUCAAGGUGUUUCUUGCCGGCCGGUACCUGCGCUUCGUUGUCAAUACCAUGGACAGCGCCUGCAAACCAACUCAAAGGCGCUUGGAUGCCGCUGGCUUCUGGCAGAUCUGGCAGCGCUUUGACGCGGAUGAAAAAGGUUACAUAGAAGAGAAGGAGCUUGAUGCUUUCUUUCAUCACGUGUUGACGAAAUUGGGUACUGAUGAUGCAGUCAUGGAAGAAAAUGUGUGGAAGAUGAAGCAACAAUUUAUGGCUGCCCAUGACGUCUCUAAAGAUGGUCACAUACAGAUGAAAGAGGAAACCCCUUUGGACAGCAGUGUGGAGUUUAUGCAGAUCUGGCGCAAAUAUGAUGCUGACAGCAGUGGCUUUAUAUCAGCUGCUGAACUUUGUAACUUCCUCCGAGACCUUUUCCUCCACCACAAAAAGGCCAUUUCGGAGGCUAAGCUGGAAGAAUAUACUGGCACCAUGAUGAAGAUCUUUGACAAAAAUAAAGAUGGCCGGUUGGAUCUUAAUGAUUUGGCAAGAAUUCUGGCUCUUCAGGAAAAUUUCCUUCUCCAAUUUAAAAUGGAUGCUUGUUCCACUGAAGAAAGAAAGAGGGACUUUGAGAAAAUCUUUGCUCACUAUGAUGUUAGUAAAACUGGAGCUCUAGAAGGCCCAGAAGUGGAUGGGUUUGUCAAAGACAUGAUGGAGCUUGUCCAGCCCAGCAUCAGUGGGGUGGACCUUGAUAAGUUCCGGGAGAUUCUCUUGCGUCACUGCGAUGUGAACAAGGAUGGAAAAAUUCAGAAGUCUGAGCUGGCUUUGUGCCUUGGCCUGAAAAUCAACCCAUAAUGAAAAUCAACCCAUAACCCCCAGAAUUCUUUGCCUUUUGCUCUUAGUUGUUUCUGAGCCCCUCCUGGUAAAAGUUUUUCUGUGCUUUGCUCUUGGGGACACAGUGGGUCAACUUUUUAACAAAUGAUGUGGUUUUCUUGGGCAAGAGGAGGGACCCGAGGGCCUUUUUUUCAUGGCAUGGUGUUUUCCUGCUUUUAAUGGAAGCCUCCCACGCAAGGUCUGUGUUAUUUGCCCCUUGACCCUGGACUUUCCUGUCCCCUCCAAAGACUCAUCCGACCCCGAAGAUCUCGGCUUGUCCUCCCCCAGUCACUGGGAAGGCGGGGGCAGCCAAAUCCAUCCAUCUGUGCUUCUCUUGUGGGCUUUCUGCUGAAUGCCAUGUGACACUGUGGUAGUCCCAUGACUUCUACAAAUAGAUUGUGAAGUGGAAAUAAACCUGCCGCUGGAAACAAA